GCGGGGAGUAGCCUGAUCAAUGCAGCAGAGGGGAAGAUGCGUGUGCUUGUUGCCUACUGGAUGGCGCGAGGUGGUGAAGAGGGACUCAGUUCUGAGGCCAGCUAACAACUAUUAGGCUACCUCUACUCCAUAUUCACCGACUGGAUUUUGCUUCAGUUUCUUUUUUUACAUUUUAUUUUUUUCUGGGAAAGUUUGCCAUGAUUUUUUGACUAAUGACUGAUUUCAUUUGCAUGGACGGAUUAACUUUUUUGCCUUUUGUUUGAAACGACGCGUUAUUUCCGUGACUUUUGCAUGAAACUCCACCUGUGCGCAUUGCACUUAUCCAGCGUACGCUCGGAGAGCGCCACAGACUCCGCGUCACACCUGGCCAGCCGGUUACCGACGCGAGCCCCGCAUGCACCCGCCAGAGCAGCGCUUGGAGACGCCGGCACGGCAUUAAGGCAGAGAGUCCACGACCAAAGACCUUUACAGUGGGAUCUCAGUGCGGCUUUUUUAUUGAAGACAAUCAACAGAAGCGUACACCUCGUCAGAGAGAGAGAGAGAGAGAGAGAGAGAGAGAGAGAGAGCGCGCGAGAGCGAGAGAGAUUGCCGUUAUUCAUAUAUGCUCAUGUCAUACUGUAACCCAUAAACUGAAGAUAUUAAAACCACCCGGAGAAAAGCAAAAAUCUUAAAGAAGAAAGUGUACUGUGGGAAGAGGAAGAAUCUUAGCGUGGGGAUUGAAAGGAGCAGGGCAUGAGGAUAUUGGUCAUUAUCUUUUUCCAGUGCAUCUUGAAUGUUCACAGUGAAGACCUACAUUCCAGCCUGUAUUUCGUCAAUGCAUCUGUGCAAGAGGUAGUGUUCGCCAGCACCACAGGGACGCUGGUGCCCUGUCCCGCCACCGCCGUGCCCCCGGCCACACUGCGCUGGUACCUGGCUACAGGCGAGGAGAGCUACAACGUUCCAGGGAUCCGUCACGUCCACCCCAACGGCACACUGCAGAUCUUCCACUUCCCCCCCUCGAGCUACAACAAAGUGAUCCAUGACAACACAUACUAUUGCACCGCGGAAAAUCCUUCAGGGAAAAUUAGAAGCCAGGAUGUUCAUAUUAAGGCCGUCUUACGAGAGCCAUACACAGUCCGGGUGGCGGACCAGACAGCCAUGAGAGGCAGUGUGGCGGUCUUCAAGUGCAUUAUUCCUUCCUCAGUGGAGAAAUACAUCACUGUUGUGUCAUGGGAGAGAGACACAGUGCCCGUCACAGGACCCAGAUUCUCCAGGACAUCGACGGGAGCUUUGUAUAUCCAGGACGUGCAGAAGGAAGAUGAAUUAUUCAACUACCGUUGCAUGACUAAGCACCGUUACACCUCCGAGACAAGACAAAGCAACAGCGCCCGCCUCUUCGUACCAGACCCCACAAACUCAGCGCCCGUCAUCCUCGAUGGCUUCGAGAAGCGGGAAAUCAUGGCCACGAAUAGGGUGGAACUCCCAUGCAAAGCAUCCGGGCACCCGGCACCCAAGUACCGCUGGCUCCGGGACAACCGGCCACUGGAGCCAGACACACGCUUCCAGCAGACAAUGACCGGCCUGGUGAUCGAGAACGCGCAGCCCAGUGACUCUGGCAACUAUGUAUGCGAGGUGUGGAACAGCUACGGCAACGCAGAGGUCAUCGGUCGCCUUCUGGUCAAGGAGCCUCUGCGCGUGGUGGUCAGUCCCAGGAAGGUAAAGGGCAGCGUGGGCAGUCAGGUGUCCCUCACCUGCAGCGUCACCGGCUCCGAUGAGUACGAGCUCUCCUGGUACCGCAACGGCGACAAGAUCAACGCCGCCGUGAGUGUGCACAUGAAUGGCGUCAACAAGGAGAAUUUGGUGAUGGAUGGCAUGGCAAAGAGUGAUGGAGGAGCGUACCAGUGCUUUGCCAGGAAAGGCAAACUCUCAGCUCAGGACUUUGUGCAAGUCAUCCUAGAGGACGGAACCCCCAAGAUCCUGUCGGCCUUCAGUGAGAAAGUGGUCAGCCCCAACGAGGCUGUGUCCUUGUUGUGUCAUGUGAAAGGCACCCCGCAGCCUGUGGUCACAUGGACGCUGGACGACGACCUCGUGAUGAAGGACAGCCGUCACCGGAUGGGCCACAGCUUGACGGCUGACGGGAAUGUCAUCAGCUACCUGAACAUCUCGCACACGCAGGUGCGCGACAGCGGCGUCUACCGCUGCACCUGCAACAACUCAGCGGGGACGGUCUCCUACCAGGCGCGAAUAAACGUAAGAGGUCCUGCUGACAUAAGACCAAUGAAAAACCUCACAGCCAUAGCUGGGCGGGACACGUACAUCCACUGCCACGUCAUUGGCUACCCAUACUACUCCAUCAAAUGGUACAAAAAUUCCAACCUGCUCCCGUUCAAUGACAGACAGCGCGCGUUCGAGAACAACGGCACCCUGAAACUGCUGAACGUGCAGAAGGAGCUGGAUGAAGGGGAGUACGCCUGCCACGUGCUCGUGCAGCCUCAGCUUUUCAAAAACCAGAGCGUCCAUGUCACUGUGAAAGUGCCCCCCUUCAUCCAGCCCUUUGAGUUCCCACGUUACUCCAUUGGCCACCGUGUGUUCGUGCCCUGCGUGGUACGGUCAGGUGAUCUGCCCAUCUCAAUCAACUGGGAGAAGGAUGGAAAGCCUAUCAAUGCCAGCCUGGGCGUGACCAUCGACAACAUCGACUUCACCAGUUCCCUGCGCAUCUCCAACCUGCAGCGCGUGCACAACGGCACGUACACAUGCAUCGCACGUAACGAUGCUGCCGUUGUCAAGUAUCAGAGCCAGCUCAUCGUCAGGGUUCCACCGAGAUUCAAAGUCCAACCCAAAGACCAGGACGGGAUUUAUGGGAAAGCCGUGAUCCUUAACUGUUCUGCAGAUGGUGAACCCCGUCCAACAAUAGAGUGGAAGUACUCUAAAGGUGCAGGCGUGCCACAGUUCCACCCAAUUGCACUGAACUCAGGCUACCGGAUCCAGAUGCUGAGCAACGGCUCUCUACUCAUAAAGCACGUUCUGGAGGAAGAUGCUGGCUACUACCUCUGCAAGGUCAGCAAUGACGUGGGAGCCGACGUCAGCAAGUCCAUGUACCUCAACGUGAAGAUCCCCGCCAUGAUCACAUCGUACCCCAACAGCACAGUGGCCACAAAGGGCGAGGAGAUCCAGAUGAGUUGCAGGGCGCAUGGCGAGAAACCCAUCAUGAUGCGCUGGGAGAAGGAGGUGGAGAAGGAGAAGCAGUCGCACAUGAUCAACCCCGACAUGUGGAGGCACACUGUCAGCAACUCCAAGGGCCCUGACGAUGUCAUCUCCACCCUGAAGAUCCAGCCAACUAUGAGGGAGGACUCUGGCUUUUUUUCUUGCCAUGCAAUCAACUCCUAUGGUGAGGACAGAGGAAUCAUCCAGUUGACAGUCCAAGAGCCGCCAGAACCUCCUAAAGUGGAGAUUCGGGAGGUAAAGGAGAGGACAAUUGCCCUUCGAUGGACCAUGGGCUUCGAUGGAAACAGCCCGAUCACUGGCUAUGACAUUGAGUGCAAAAAUAAAUCAGCGACCUGGGAAAAAGCUCGCAGAACCAGGGACGUCUCCCCAACCCUCAAUCUAGCCACCAUCAUUGAACUCCACCCUUCAUCCACCUACAACAUCCGCAUGUUUGCCAAAAACCACAUUGGGGACAGCGAGCCCAGUAAUGAGCUCACUGUCACCACAGACGAAGCAGAUCCUGAAGGCCCACCUCAAGAUGUGACGCUUGAAGCGAUGUCUUCUCAGAGUAUAAAAGUGACGUGGAAGGCUCCUCAGAAGCACCUCCAGAACGGGAUGAUCCGCGGCUACCAGGUGUGUCACCGCGAGCACUCGGCCAACGGCAGCCAUCAGUUCAUCUGCGCCAGCGUGGAGAGUACGGGUGACAGUGAGACGCUCACGCUGAACAACCUGAAGAAGUACACACAGUAUGAGGUGGUGGUACAGGCCAGCAACAGCGCCGGGCCGGGCCCCGCCUCCAGCGAGGUCCGAGCUACCACCAUGGAGGAUGUGCCCAGCCGAGCUCCAGAAAACGUAGCUGCAACAGCCACAUCGCCUGAGACCAUCUCCCUUUCAUGGUCCACUCCUGCCAGGGAAGCCCUGAAUGGGGUCCUUCAGGGCUUCCGGGUCAUCUACUGGGCCAAUCUACCCGAUGGAGAGCUGGGGGAGAUCAGGAACAUCACCACCCUGCGGUCUCCGCUGGAGCUGGACGGCCUGGAGAAAUACACCAACUACAGCGUCCAGGUGCUGGCCUUCACGCGGGCCGGUGACGGUGUGCGCAGCGAGCAGAUCUACAUCCGCACCAAAGAGGACGUUCCAGGCCCCCCCGGAGGUGUGAAGGCAUCUGCGGCAUCCAACUCUGUUGUAUAUGUAUCCUGGCUCCCCCCGCUCAAGAUGAAUGGCGUGAUCCGGAAGUACACGGUGUUCUGCUCCAGCUCGUACCCCACAGUGGUGAGUGAGUUCGAGGCAGCCCCAGACGAGUUCCUCCACAGAGUUCAGAACCUGAGCCGCAACAGGAAGUACAGCUUCUGGGUGCUGGCGGUGACCGCCGCCGGCCGCGGCAACAGCAGCGAGGUCAUCGCCGUCGAGCCACUCGCCAAAGCUCCCGCCCGGAUCCUCACCUUUAGCGGCACGGUGACGACGCCCUGGAUGAAGGACAUUGUUCUGCCCUGCAGAGCUGUCGGAGACCCUCCACCAAUGGUCAAGUGGAUGAAGGAGAGCGGGAGCCCAGCGCCUGCAGUCAUCGAUGGAAGGCGCAGUAUCCAUGGAAACGGAAGCUUUGUCAUCAGGACCGUGAAAGCCGAGGAUUCUGGGUAUUAUACCUGUGUUGCCAGCAAUAAUUGGGGAACGGAUGAAAUAACACUCAACCUGCAGGUGCAAGUCCCUCCAGAUCAGCCUCGUCUCACAGUGACCAAGACAACAACUACAUCCAUUACCCUGUCCUGGAUACCAGGAGACAAUGGAGGAAGUUCCAUCAGAGGUUACAUCCUGCAGUAUUCCGAGGACAACAGUGAGCAAUGGGGAAGCAUUCCUAUCAGUCCAAGUGAGCGCCUGUACCGGCUGGAGAAUCUAAAGUGCGGCACCUGGUACAAGUUCACCCUCACGGCCCAGAAUGCUGUGGGACCCGGGCGCAUCAGUGAGAUCAUAGAAGCUAAGACUCAUGGGAAAGAACCCCAGUUCUCCAAGGAGCAGGAAUUGUUCACAAGCAUCAACGCUACGUGUGUCAGACUCAAUCUGAUUGGCUGGAAUGACGGCGGUUGUCCAAUCACGUCCUUCACGUUGGAAUACCGGCCACUGGACAGCCCCGUGUGGACCAAGGCCCAGCGCACGUCGCUCACGAAAAGCUACAACUUGAUGGACCUGCAGGAGGCCACGUGGUACGAGCUACAGAUGAAGGUGCACAACAGCGCCGGGCUGGCCGAGAAACGUGUCAAGUUCGCCACGCUCAACUACGACGGCAGCACCAUCCCUCCGCUGGUGCAGACCGCGGUCAAGGACCCAGUGAAGAAGAGUGGCCAUGAGGGUGUGAAGAUGAUGGUGACCAUCUCCUGCAUCCUGGUGGGUGUGGUGCUGCUCUUUGUCCUGCUGAUGGUGCUGAGGAGGAGGAGGAGAGAGCAGAGGCUGAAGAGGCUGAGAGAUGCGAAAAGCUUGGCAGAAAUGCUCAUGAGCAAAAACACCAGGCCAUCCGACACGCUGAACAAGCAGCAGCAGACACUGCGCAUGCACAUCGACAUCCCCCGAGCUCAGCUCCUCAUCGAGGAGCGUGACACCAUGGAAACAGUGGAUGACAGGUCAACCGUGCUCCUCACAGAGAACGACUUCGGAGAGACAGCUAAGCAAAAGUCAGCCACGGCGGCACACACCGUCCACUACCAGUCGCUGUCCCAGGCCACGGGUCCACUGGUGGAUGUGUCGGACGUCCGACCCGGGACGAGCAAAAGCAGCCUGUCGAACCCCACGGCGCGCCGCGCUGCAAAGCCAGGCCCCGCGGCGCGGAACCGCUACGCCAGCCAGUGGACGCUGAACCGGCCCCACCCACCUGUCUCCACCCAUACCCUCAGCACGGACUGGAGGCUAGCCACGCCACGGGUGGCCGGUUCUGUUGAUAAAGAGAGCGACAGCUACAGUGUCAGCCCGUCUCAGGACACAGACCGUGCCCGGAGCAGCAUGGUGUCCACUGAGAGCGCCUCAUCCACCUAUGAGGAGCUGGCCCGUGCCUACGAACACGCUAAGAUGGAGGAGCAGCUACGGCACGCCAAGUUCACUAUCACCGAAUGCUUCAUUUCGGACACGUCCUCGGAGCAGAUGACGGCCGGCACCAACGACUACACAGACAGCCUGACCUCCAGCACACCGUCUGAGUCAGGCAUCUGUCGCUUCACAGCCUCACCGCCCAAACCGCAGGAUGCUUGCCGGGUCAUGAAUAUGGCCGUCCCCAAGGCCCACAGGCCAGGGGGCGAGCUGGUGCACCUGCCGCCGUACCUGCGCAUGGACUUCCUGCUGAGCCGUGGGGCAUCAGGCGGGCCUCGUGAGGCGGCGAUGGGCCAGGCAUGCCUGGAGCCACAGAAGAGCCGCUCACUGAAGCGGCCCAGCCUACUGGCGCCCACGCCAAUGGAGGUGCCCGCCAGCCGGGAGGCCCAGCAGUGGCAGCCAGGCUCUGCCUCCACGCUGCCCCAGAGAGAGGCCGGCUCGGACUUGGCCCAGGCCGCCAAACUCAGCACCUCGCAGGAAUCCCUCUUAGACUCCAGAGGACACUUAAAACAGAGCAGCAACCCCUACGCAAAGUCUUACACACUGGUAUAACCCAGAGCAUGGACCGGACUCCAAAACACACAUACAAACACACACACACACACACACACACACACACACA